CUAAACCAACGGCAACACUCGACUCAGUCCCUGAGGUCUGAUCUGUCUUAUUGAUCAGCAAGAGAGAGAGAGAGAGAGAGAGAGAGAGAGAGAGAGAGAGAGAGAGAGAGAGAGAGAGUGUGUGUGUUUGUUAAGGUGAGUCCGCCAUGGAUAGAUAAGAAACACUAAAGAGUAGACUACAUAUGAACUUGGGUCUCUGACGGGGAGCCGCCCUGAGGAGUGAAACGCUGUGUUGAUGAAACUCACUCCGUCAAGACGUCUGCAGGAGCAACACUCGGCUGGAUUAAUGUCUCCAGGCGCUAUGAACCUCCGAUGAGACGCACCUAUCAGGACCCCGCGCUGCGGGGCUUGUUGAUGUGAGCAUGGACUUACUUGGGAGCUAUUCCAACAUUAGGUGGAAAAAAUGUUCCUGGAUGCUUUGAAUUCAGUGUUACUCUGCUCCCGAGAAGAACCCACCACGACGAUGGUGUUCAACGAGCGGUCGCCGAGCUAACCUCGACCAGCGAUGGACUUCGGCUACCCGCCCCCCCCGCCCCCCACCCCCUUCUCCGACCAACCGGCCCCGGCCACGAUGUCGGCCACCACCGAGGGGGGGGUCCUGGACCUGACCGGGUGGUCCCCGGGGGGGAACCUCACCCGGGACAAGCUGCCCCCCAGCCCCCCCCACCCCUUGGCCGCCACCCUGUCCAUGACCCUGGGCAUCGUGUCCAACAUGGUGGCCUUCUUCAUCCUGGCCAAGGCCUACUCCCUCCAACGCCGCCGCUCCAAGGCCACCUUCCUGCUCUUCGCCACCUCGCUGGUGGUCACCGACCUGGCCGGCCACGUGGUCCCGGGGGCGCUGGUGAUGCGGCUCUACCUCUCCGGCGGGGUCCCGGCCGGGGCCUACGAGGCCCCCGACGCGCUGUGCCAGUUCCUCGGCGGCAGCAUGGUGUUCUUCGGCCUCUGCCCGCUCUUCCUCGGCUGCGCCAUGGCGGCCGAGCGCUGCGUGGGCGUGACGCGGCCGCUGCUGCACGCCGCCGUGGUCAGCGGCGGCCGCACCAAGCUGUCCCUGGCCGCCGUGUGGCUGGCGGCGCUGGCCGUGGCCCUGCUGCCCGGGGCCCGGCUGGGCUCCUACGCCUACCAGCACCCGGGGACCUGGUGCUUCAUCAGGGUGCUGGGGGCGGACACCGGCGCCGCCGACCUGGCCUUCGUGGCGCUGUUCUCCGGACUGGGGCUGGGCGCGCUGGCCGUGGCGCUGGUCUGUAACACGGUGAGCGGGGUCACCCUGGUGGCCGCGCGCUGCCGGCGGCGGCCUGGGGCCCACCACUCGGGGGCCAAGUCCCACGACAUCGAGAUGGUGGUGCAGCUGGUGGGCAUCAUGGUCACCUCCUGCAUCUGCUGGAGCCCCCUGCUGAUAUUUGCUCUGAUGACGGUGAUCCGCUCCUACAGGGGGGCCACGGGCGCCGACCUGGCCACCUACCGGACCCUGAUGGUGGUGGGCGUGCGGCUGGCCUCCUGGAACCAGAUCCUGGACCCCUGGGUGUACAUCCUGCUGCGCCGCACCGUCCUGCGCCGGCUGUACUACCUGCUGAGGGGCCGGGCGGACCCCGUGAGGUCCGGCAGCACGCUGGGGCGCUGGGACCCCGCCAGCUCCAUGCACAGCUCCGAGAAGCACGCGGCCCACCUGGUCAGGGCGGCCAAGUGACGGCCGGACGGAGACGGGCGGCGGCGGGGGGCUCAGGAGCGGGGGCGGGCGGCCCGGGCACUGGGUGGCUGCCGGUGCGACGCCUCGUAUACCGUCAUCGUGUCCACUGAGGCCGACCUUAUUAACUUGAUCCGUUCGUCCCGGGACGGGAAGCGUUCAGGUCGGACACUGGGAUCUGCAGAAGGACUCGACCUCAUGCAUGUGUAGGCUCAGGAGGUGGAGAGGGGUCGGCUGGUAACCAGAAGGUUGCUAGUUCGAUCCCCGGCUCCUCCUAGCUAGUGUCGAGGUGUCCCUGAGUGAGACGCCUCACCCUGACUGCUCCUGACCAGCUGGCUGUCGCCCUGCGUGGCUGACUCCGCCGUCGGUGUGUGAACUUGUGCAUGAAUGGGUGAAUGUGAGGCAGUAUUGUGAAGAUCUUUGAGUGGCCAUUGGUUAGAAAAGCGCUGUUUAAAUGCAAUCCAUUUGACCAUAUUAUCAAACAGGAUGCACUAGUGUACAUAGGGAUUUAAAAAAGAAGAGCGCUUGCACGCAUGCAUCUAUAGACUGGAUAAAAUAGGGGGGACCCCCUGGCUAUUAUUGUAACUUUCAACCUAUUUUGUAUUCAAUUAAAUUAUAAUUAAAUGUUAUUUGUAUAGCCCUUAUACACAUGGGUACAGUCUCAAAGGGAUUAACAACCAUAUAUUUAUUACCCCCCGCCCCUGACCCUAGCCCCCCGGAGGGCAAGAAAAACGUAAUGAGCAAGGAAUGGCCCCUCCUUCGAAGUGGGGGAUCAGGAGUGCAAUGGGGGCAUUAUUAGAACACAUAUACACAGGCAAAACAACUUCUUUACAGAGAUAAAAGAUGCACUAGGUGUACUUAUUGAUUAAAAAAAGAAAGGCAGACAAACACAUACAGCUAUAGACUGGAUAAGAUCAUGCAGACUCCUUGCUAUUGAUGCAACUUCCAACCUGUUUGUGUCGGUCUAUAGGGAUUUCUAAUGGCUUCAUUUAUGGAAAUAAAUUCAAUACAGUCAAUUCCCUUUUUUGUAAAUUUAAGUCGUUGCAAAUUAUGUUAUGCACUAUGGAUGGGUGUAAUGGCACAUAGACCCUGUUCGGUUAUAGUGACAGACCCAUGGGAGCCUUUCAUGCAAACGUACUGUGGAGCUGCUUGUAUAGUGAACGAUUCCACUCUAAAAGGUCUAUAAAUAUCGAUCCACUAUGAUACUUGAAUUAUUUCCUUGAUUUUCUGAGGACAAUGAGAUGACUGAAUGUGUUAUGUAAAUAAAGAAAUUGAAUAUGA